AGUCUACCGUGGGCGCACCUACCGGCAGCAUGCCGCCGUCGCGCGCUGCUCUCUACUCCCGCCGCUCGCGUGUACCAGUGCGACGUUAGAUCGCGGCCUCUAUCCAUCUAUAUCUAUCUAUCUCUCUGUACACAGUGCAAUCGUCCGCGUGGUGCUUCCGAGCAGCUCAUACUAUAUAGAGGUGAUCGUUCCGUCUUGGCCCUUCGUAUGGGAAAGCAACUGCUGAAGAUUAUUACUGCAUAAAUCGGUGUGCGCCAGUGGAUAUACAGCUGGUGAACGGAUAAUCCGCUGUGCGAACCGAUAGAGGGAAUACUCGAGUUCCACGAGUCCUGCGGGCUAUUCAUCCUCGACGAGAAGCGCGGACUUUCAUUUUUUUACCUCCCUCGUCCCAUCAGGGCUGGCCGGUAGCCGGCAGCUCUCGAGUGUCGUAUAGAAGGACGGCGGCGAGGAUGCAGCUCGGAGUAGCAGCAGCGCGAUAAUGCAGUGGACGACCUGGCCGCGCGGCAAACGCAAGCAGCAGGGGCCGGUCCUUCGAUUAUCCGUUUGCUCGCUGCCGCUGCUCCUCGGGCUGCUUUGCUGGCUGCGCUCGUCGGAUGCCAAGAGCGCCGUCCUGAACGCCGCCGCGACCCAGUGCCCGCCGCCCGACGCCAUACCCGGCUGCCCCUGCUACAACUUCGACGACGGCCUCUUCCUCGAGUGCACCGGUUCCACCGAGGAAUCGCUCAAGAAUUCGCUGCUGCGCGUCGUCAACCAGGCCAAGCCAAGCGCCGACUGGCCGGCUGUUACAGACGCGGUUAUCCAGUCGCUGAGCGUCUACGAGCUCGAGCGCAAGGUCGAGGAGCUGCGCGCGAACGUCUUUCCCACGGGAGUGCUCGUGCGCCACCUGCAGAUCUCGCAGUCGGGCAUCCGCGAGAUCAGCGAAGGAGCCCUGCAGAAGUUCAGCCACAGCCUAGAGUCCCUGGCUAUCGUCUCGAGUCGUCUGAGCAGUGUGCCUCAGAAGGCCUUCAACAGUCUGAGCCGCCUCGCGGCCCUCGACCUCGAAGCCAAUCUCAUCCACGACCUGCCGAGCUUUAGCUUUUACGGGCUGUCGCUGCUGAAGCUCAACCUCAAAGCCAAUCAGAUCAGCAAGAUCUCCGAAUACGCGUUCGCUAGUCUCGAGGACAGCCUGACCGACCUGAACCUCGCCGAGAACAAGAUCCGCCUCUUUCCCAUGACAGCUCUGCGCCGACUGGAGCGGCUCACCUCUCUGCGACUUGCCUGGAACGAAAUAUCCCAACUGCCCGAGGACGGCUACUCGCGCCUCGACGUCCUCAAUUUCCUCGAUCUCAGCAGCAACAACUUCCUUGUCGUGCCGCUCAACUGCUUCCGCUGCUGCCCGAGUUUGCGCACGCUCUCGCUCUACUACAACGCGAUCGAGAGCGUCGACAAGGACGCCUUCAUCUCGCUCAUUCACUUGGAGUCUAUCGAUCUCAGCCACAACAAAAUCGUCUUCCUCGAUGUAGCCACCUUCCGUGCCAACCAGAAGCUCAGGUCGGUCGACCUCAGUCAUAACCACGUACACUACAUUCGGGGGGUCUUCUCACGGCUGCCCGAGCUUAAGGAACUCUUCCUCGCGGAGAACAACAUCCUCGAGAUCCCGGCUGACGCGUUCGUCGGUAGCAUGAGCCUCUCGGUCGUCUACCUUCAGCAGAACGCGAUUCGCCGACUAGACUCGCGCGGCCUCGCCAGCCUCGAGCAGCUCGGCCAGCUCCACCUGAGCGGCAACUUCAUCGAGCGCGUGCCUCGCGACUUUUUCGAGCACUGCGAGAACCUCUCGAGCCUCUCGCUCGACGGCAACAGCAUCCGCGAGCUUGAGCUCGGUACCUUCGCCAAGCUCAAGCAGCUACGCGAGCUCCGGCUCCAGGACAACCAGAUCACCGAGGUUCGCCGCGGCGUGUUUGCGCCCCUGCCAAGUCUUCUCGAGCUGCACCUCCAAAACAAUGCCAUCACCGACAUGGAAACCGGUGCGCUCAGGUCGCUCCAAAGCCUGCAGCACGUUAACCUGCAAGGCAACCUGCUCGCUGUACUCGGCGACGUGUUCCAGGUGACGAACGAACCCGGCGGCGCGUCCGGCAGCUCCUCUCUCAUCUCCAUCCAACUGGACAACAACGGCCUAGGCGUCCUGCACAACGACUCGCUGCGCGGCCAGGCCAGCGUACGCAUCAUGUGGCUGGGCCACAACCGGUUGACCCGGCUACAGGCGCCACUCUUUCGUGACCUGCUGCUCGUCGAGCGCCUCUACUUGACCAAUAACUCGAUCUCGCGCAUCGAGGACACGGCUUUCCAGCCUAUGCAGGCUCUCAAGUUCCUCGACCUGAGCAUUAACAAGCUCAGCCACGUGACCGUUAAGACCUUCUCUGAGCUGCACGAGCUCGAAGAACUCUAUCUGUCGGACAACGGGCUGCGCAGGCUCGACGCUUACGCCCUCACGGCAUUGAAGAGACUGCGUGUCCUGGACUUGUCCAAUAACCGUCUAGCCGGCCUCCACGACACCAUGUUCCAGGAAGGCUUGCCCAUCCGUAGCCUGAACCUGCGAAACUGCUCCAUCGGUCUGAUCGAGAGGGGAACCUUCCGCGGUCUUAACAAUCUGUACGAGCUGAACCUGGAACACAACAGACUGACCGCCGGCGCCCUCGACCGACUGGACAUACCGGGGCUGCGCAUUCUUCGCAUAUCGCACAACAACUUCAGUCUGAUCAGCGCCGAGUCCCUCGACGGCUUGCCUUCACUGCAGCAGCUCAGCCUCGAGUCGGCUCAUAUUCACGCUCUACCAGCCGAAAUCUUCUCGCGAAACAAGAAUCUGGUCAAGGUCUUGCUGAGCGACAAUAUGCUGAUCAGCCUUCCAGGUCUUCUGUUCCUCGAACUCGAAGUGCUCAAGGAGCUCAGACUCGACGGUAACCACUUCCAGAAGAUACCCUACGAGGUUUUUGCUAAUGCUUCCUCCAUAGAGCAACUCUCACUCGCCCGCAAUCGCAUCUCUCAGGUCAACCUGUUCAGGUUGCGCGGUCUGAAAAACUUACGGGAACUUGACCUGCGCGACAACUCGAUCGACUCCCUGUCGGGCUUUGCCUCUGCCAAUCUACAAAAACUUGUGAGCGUCGACCUGGCUCAUAAUAACCUGACCGCCCUGCCGGCUAACUUCUUUCUUCACUCGGAUCAGCUGCGAAAGCUUGAGCUUGCCGGAAACAAGCUCCGUCAGAUCCCUGCCGUAGCUCUCUCCGCCCAGAACGUGCCCAGUCUGGGCUGGCUCAACGUCACUGACAAUCCGCUCGUCCGCAUUCACGAGAUCAGUUCCGAGGCCAAGUAUCCCGCGCUCCAGGAGAUUCACAUCAGUCGCACCAACCUGACGAUCGUUACCAGCCAGGAUUUCGAAGCCUUCCCCGAGCUGCUGCACCUCUUCAUGAGCAACAACUUGAUAUCUCGACUCUCGCCCGGGGCCUUCCACAGCCUACCCAAGCUUCUGAGCCUUGACCUCAGCAUCAACGAACUCGAGUUCCUGCCGCAGGAGAGGCUGCGGGGCCUUGAACAGCUUCGGCUCCUCAACCUCACGCAUAACCGGCUCAAAGACCUCGAGGAUUUCUCACCCGACCUGAAGGCUCUCCAGGUGCUCGACCUGUCCUACAACCACAUCGGUCAGGUCAGCAAGACGACGUUUCAGCACCUCGAAAACCUGGCGGAGCUGCACCUGCUAGGCAACUGGAUAACCUCGAUCGCAGCCGACGCAUUCAAGCCUCUCAAAAAGCUGCGUCUCCUUGACGUCAGCAAGAAUUAUCUCGAGAACCUGCCACUCAACGCUUUCAGGCCGCUCGAGACGCAGAUCCGAAGUCUACGAACCGAAGAGAACCCACUGCACUGCGGCUGCGAGUCCCAGGAGCUGUGGGAGUGGUUGCGGGAUCAUCAGAAGCUCGUCGGCAGUGGCGGUCUGGCUCGAAAUCGCGGCCCUGCAGGCGGCGCACUGGCCGCAAACGAACCAGGGACAGCGGCGCAAACGGCCGUUGGCGGCGGCAGCGGCAGCGGAGGUGUGCUCAGGUGCGAACAGCCACCCGAGCUGCGCGGUCUCGUCUUCCUGGAUCUCGACCCGCACGCUUUUUGCUCGGCGCCGCUGAUCCCCAAACUCGACAUUCAGGAUAUACAGCCGCACUCCGUCCUUGUGUCCUGGCAGAGCAGGAACCACUCCGGCUUGUUCGGCUUCCAGGUUGCCUUCUACGCGCUCGACAACUCCGACGAGGUGCACAGCAAGAGGCUGGAGUCGAGCGCGCGCUCGGUAAGACUGACGAAGCUCCAGCCGAACUCCCGGUACAGAGUCUGCGUGCUGGGCCUGGGCAGCUGGCCCACGCGCUCCUCCGAGGAGAGCAACGGGCUGACUCGCAGCGGACGCAAGCAGCCGGCUCCUCGGUUCAACGGCUCGCACAACGAGGUCAUGCUCGAGAAGUCGUCGCUGCCCGAAGUCGACGUGGACGCUGCGACGUCGCGCUGCACCGAGGCGCUGACUCUCGAGCUGCCCGACGCUGUGGCCAGCAGUGACGGCUCGUCCAUGAACAGCGACGAGACUUCCGACAAUUCCGGGGGCAGCGUCCUCACGCGGAGGCUCGGGCUGAUAAUCGGCUGCUGCAUGGGCUUCGUCGUCUUCAUCCUGCUCGUCUCCGUGCUCGGCUAUCUCAAGGUGAAGAAGCAGCGCGAGGCGGCCAAGCGGGACCAGCAGGCGGUGCCGCCCGAGUACAUAUCCUACAGGCACUUCAGCAUACAGAGCGGCGAGGCCGGUCAGACCGCGAGACAGCUACAGGCGGCAGGUAGUCUCGACAGUAGCCAGAACAGCCAGCAGCCGCAGCAGCCGAGCUUUAUCACGAGCAGCUGUCCCGGUGCUACGCCGAACGUAUAGCCAACGACCUACGUGUAAGGGAGCAAGCUGGCCAACUGUUUGUCGUUGGACGAUCUCGAGCUGCCGGUUCUUGCAACGCUGCUCCACAGCCAAGGAUGAUCAUCGCGCCGGCUACGCUGAACGCGUGCAGCUUCUUUCUUCUUCUUCGUCUUCUUCGUCUUCGUCUCGUUCGCGAUUUCGCGAUGAAUUUGUAUCAUACAUUAUACGUAGGUGCGAGCCUCGACUGAUUCGAUUUUGACUUGAUCUCGUGCAGUUUUUAGAUUUUCUUAAUUUUCUAUGUACGAUUAGCACGUUUGCGACUAUUACAACAUACUGUAGACGCGACGCAUGGCAUUCAGUUAUAGAGAUCGGAAUAUCGCGCGUGUACAUAAUUUGAUCGGCAAGAAGUCCUUAUCUGUAUAGUUUCGCGCAUGCGUAAUCCGAUAUGCGAUGUGGGCAGGCAAGAACCGCGUUGGAGAACGCGGCAUCACUCACAGAGGCCAGUGAGCGCGGGGCCUCUCUUACACGCCGGUUUCGUCAUCGUAAGUGCUCUGUUCUGUGAAUAACGAAAGAGCAGAGACGAUCUGCUGUUUACAUGUGUGCGUGCUGUGCGACAGCCCCGCUGAUUCGCGCGGCGAUUCGACAAACGUUAUAUAUAUAUACAUAUAUAUAUAUAUAUAUAUAUACGAGUGUGCCAUAUAUUAUGCGAUAACAAUAAUAAUAAUUACACUGAUCAUGAUGAUGAUAAUAAUUCCGUACGUCUGAGUGACGCUGAUGAUGCUGUACUCGCGGUGUGUAUGUGUGUACGUGUAUAAAAAUAAUACGAAUGUAUGCAUUGUACGUUAUAUACAUAAACGAGUGAAGUGCGCGUUGUGUGCAUGCGUGCGUCUGUCUAACGUAUAUGUACAAAUACAUAAGUUUUUCUACGGAUCAAUUCGAUGAGGACCAGGGCUGCGAGUAUAGUGAUGCACACCUCCCUCUCUUCCUCCGUCUUUCUCUCGCUGCACACGAAACAUCAUCGAGCUGCAUUAUACAGUCGUCCUGUCCUUGCUUCGACUCUUCAGCUCAAUAGAGGAGGAAACUGGUAAAAGGCGUGUACCUAUACAUACAGAGUCGCGCUCGCGUUACGCACUUUGCCUACGAUUAGUGCUAAACAGCCGGCAGCAUGCAUAUAUAUAUACAUACUCGACUACUCCUCUCAGACUCUCUCGGACUCGUUUACUUACACUCGCGCACGCAAGAGUCCAUUUGCGGGCGCGCGUGCCAUUGUAUUUUCUUAAUGGCCUAGCUAGCGCCUGUAUAUCUGUAUGUGUGCAUGCUGCACACCGUGCACAGUUUGGCCGAGAUGCGCGCGCGCGGGCGGGCGUUCGGCUAGCGGCCUGCACCGGCGGAAACGAUGGGACGUUUCCGGAGGUGGAGUGAGAGAGAGAGAGAGAGAGAGAGAGAGAGAGAGAGAGAGAAGAGGAGACACGGGCCGCGCGAAGGCCGCAAGGUGUAUCGUUAGCUUAAAUUUUCCGCGCGAGGAGCCUCGGCCGAGGGCGUAUAAGAGAGCGGCAACGAGCAGAGGAGACGCCUCGGAAAACGAGCAAAGUUUCGUUAUCGUUAUCGUCCUACACCGCUGCGACGUUCUUAUACCGGGACGACGACGACGACGCACCAAAGUCCUACCCUUUCGCCCUCCUCUCUUCCCAACUAGCGAGUUUCUCCCCGUACGCUACGUAUAGCUAUAUAACUAUGUACUUUUUUCUUCACCCGCCGGUCGUCUUUCCCUCUCUUUUUUUUAUUCACGUUCUGACGCUCUCCCCGGCAGCCCUCGCGGCGGCCACCCUUUUUUCCCCUCUCUCUCUCUCUCUCUCUCUCUCUCUCUCUCUCUCUCUCUCUCUCUCUCUCUCCCUCUCUCUCUCUCUCUCCCUCUCUCUCUCCCCCUCUCUACGACUCGUCGAGGAGGAAAAGAAGCGAGGCAAAAAGGUCGCCUGCCGUGCGCGAGAGCGGGUAUUCAAAGUAAAAAAAAUAAAAGAUAAAAAACCGUGACACUUGCGCGCCACUAAGAGAAAGGACGAUUAUAUAUACAUGCGCAGUUUACACACGCCGGAAAAUGAUGAAGCGCGAGGAUCUAACAAUUGCGGCAAGCUCGCGUCCUUGUUUCGAUUUUAUCAAAAACUCGCGCGCUUGGGUGAAAAAUAAAACGCUGCAUGUCGUCGAAUUUCGCGAAAUAUACACCCCAGAACACGAAAAGUUCACUUUGUUUAUUUCUUGGAAAACAAAUUGAGCUCAGUUUGUCUAUAGAAAUUGUUUUCGGAGUAUAGUCGCUUUUAUUUCUAUUCUAUUUUCUUUUAAUUUACCAAAAAAUUCUUCGAAAGUUCCGACACAGUGGCAUAUAUUUUUUUCGCUCGCUUUCUAUCACAGUGCAGCAGUAACAGCAGAGAUUCAAAUCAUUUCCCCAUUUCCCCAAAUCGUAGAAAGGAUUUCGCGAAACCAAGGAAAACAUCCAGGAUGCGUUUUGUAAAUAAACGCGCGGCGAGCCGAGAGCUAGGUAAGCUAGAGAAGGAAGAGAACGAGGAGUAAUGACCUCGUGAAUAUUUCGGUGGCAAGGCAAUGAGAGAAAAACGCUCAUAGCCCGUGGAGGUCAGCUAUAUACGCUAUAUAACAAGGCGAGUAAAUAAUUAACCGGGUGCGCUGCACCGGCUAAUUUUCGCAAUCAACCCCGCUAUGACCUCGUUGUUGCGCGGCUGUAUAUGUACCGUAUAUACAUACGCGAAGCCGGCUAAUGGCAGACGACCGAUCCAAGUGUGCUCUCGCGCACCUACGACAAACACAUGGAGAGAGAAAGAGUAGUACGUGUGUGUAUACCUCUUGCGUGCGCUAUCGUUUUUUUUUUCCUGUAUUUGAUCCAUUCGAGCAAAGCGGCAAAGAUGCGCGGAUAAAUGGCAAUGAUAGCCGGUCGAUGGUAAAACUAGUAGUCCGCGCAGAGUCGAAGAGCUGUGGAGGAGAAGCAUAUGGCAUAUGGUAACGAAAAAAAAUCGACACGCUCGAUGAGUUUGGAGAUUUUUAUUCAACAUUCAUUCAGGACCUGCGUUCGAUGUGCAGCGCGGAAAGAUCUUGGUUAUCGAAAACUCGCCUCUCGAGCUUGCUACUGCAAAUAAUCGUGAAACGUACCCACAUUUGUUCAUCGACGCAUAAAUAUGUUAACGAAUGUUUUCCCUCCAAGCAUCGCACACUCGUAAUAUAUAAAUAUAUGUGAACUUCUUUUGAUUAAUCUGUGAUAACUUAUGAUAGAGAUGCGCGCGAGAGACAGAGAGAGAGAGAGUGAGAGAGAGAGAGAGAGAGAGAGAGAGAGAGAGAGAGAGAGAGAGGGAGAUACUGUGUACAAGACGAUUUGUACUACAACGAUAACAUCGAACCCUCGAAAUUGGACAUGAGAACUUUAUGGAGCCAGGAAUGACUUUGACGAGGACAGAAAUAAUGUCAAGCUGCCCGAGUGUUCAUGUCAAUGCUCUCGCGCAUACACAAAUAUAGACACGAAGAGACGAGCAACUCCGGAGACUAUUAGUCAUGUAUUCGCGGCCGCAGGUCUCGCGCGACUUCAAUGUAAAUAAUAAACGAAUGAUCGUCAGCUAUAUAUAAUUUCAGAAUUAUAUAAGUAUAAAUAUAUACACACGAAUAGAGAGAGAGAGAGAGAGAGAGAGAGAGAGAGAGAGAGAGAGAGAGAGAGAGAGAGAGAGAGAGAGAGAGGUGUCUCGAUUGUGCGCGGGAUGCUGUAAACCUGUAACAUAUUACCCCGCAUAUUAUGGAAUAAUGUAAUAAAAAAGUCGCCAUUUUUUUCUA